AAAAUUAUUUAAGUUUAAAAAGGAACUUUUUAUGGAAAAUAUUCAUUAAUAUAAAAUUUAAUGAAAACUAGUUAAAUAAAUAAGAUUUUAUUGCUACAAAACAACAAGUGAUUAUUUUCUAAUAAAUAAUAUAAAUUUUAUACAUAUAAUUUAAAACUAUUUUAUUUCUAUAUACCUCUACAUACAUAAGAAACCAAGAAAGAUAACUGUUUAAUUGUUUAUGAGAAAUCCUACAAACUAUUUUCUACAUGAAAUGAAAUAAAAUUUUCUAAAAUUAAAACAAUGGCAGAACGUUACUACAGCAUACAUCCAGAUGAAUCAACUAAUGUUUACAUAAACUACAAUGUCGGUCAGACACAGGCGCAGGCGCCUACACAUCAUCCCAUCAAUCAAAUAGUGGGCGUUCAGCAAUUAAAUGGAGAUUAUGAUUACUUAACAAAUAAUGCUUACUAUACAACUGUGCCAGCUUCAGUGGCAAAUAACAUUGUGGAUGUUAACAACAAUCGUAACUCAAGUCGUUAUUAUAAUGUUGGGGCUGCUGGAGGAGGAGGUGUUUGUGGUAAGAAUGGCAAUGGUCAUCAACCAAAUCAUAUUUAUACAAAUAAAGUAAUACCCUCUUCAUUGAUGAGCAAAUACACCAGUGCUGGUAGCUACAUGCAUGGAAGCAACACAAUGAUGACCAACCACGUACCGACACAUGAUUCGCACACUAAUCAACAUAACCACAGCAAUCACACAUCGGUCACCCAGGCUUAUUAUCCAAAUCAAUCCAAUGGCUCAUCAUAUGGUUAUCAAAGAAAUCGUUAUAUGCCUUACAAUCGCUGCAACACCACAAACUCCUCGACCAUACAUCAACCCAUACACACUACAAGUGCUAUUUCUACUUCUGUUUUAACCAACGGUGCUGGUUACAAUCAGUUUGCUACACCUAUAUAUCAAACAUGCCCACCUGGUUUGGGUCAAACUAUAACAUCAACUGCACCGCUACCCUCGGCAUCGGUUCAGGCACCUUUACAUUCACAUUCCAUGGCCACAACUACCGCAGCGCAAUGUUCUGCUGGCUCAUCAGAAUUUACAUAUGCCCAUGCUGUAGCUUCAUCAUUAGUACCAAAUAUUGUCACUACAAAUGUGUCGACUACCGAUAAUAAAAGCUCAUCUGUUUCUUUAGCAACGGUUGUUACUUCUUCUUGUAGCUCUGGUGGUACCGUCAUGACCUCAACUCCAUAUAAUUCUAGCCAAACGUACGCAACAGCUGGUGACCCUAAUGACACGGUCACUUUGCAAAUAACAAAUCUUGAUUUCUCUAUGGAUGAAGCUAGUUUAAGAAAUUUCCUACUAAAUCAACUGAAACCUAUAACACCAGUGGUUUCGUUAACAUUCGAGGGUAGUUCAUAUGCUAAAGUGACUGUCCCGGAUUUGUACUUUGCAAAACAAGUAGUUUCGAAUUUACAUCGCAAAAAAAUUGGUCACAAGCGUAUGUUGGUAUCGUAUACACGUGAUUCUUCUUUGACUGAAAUAAACACUUUAAGAUGUCAAGUAGCUGGACUACUAAAAGAUGUUCCUUGCUAUACUCUACCCAUGUAUAAGUUUCGUGAACUAUUUCAAUCGCGUUUCAAAACCUCCAUUAGUGUUUUGGAUCUUUAUAAAAUGCAGGACAUUUGCAUUAUUAAUUCAGAUAAUAAUGAAGAGAAAUUUAUUACCUUGCAUCCUGAUUUAGUUAACUCAUUGGAAAGUUCUCCCCUAAUGGAGGGAUUGCAACAUAGUGUUCCGUAUUGUACUAUACACUUUAAGAGAGAACAACAUAAGGGAUGGGCUGAGCAAGAAAUUGAACCCUUACCAAAUGUAUUUAUGACCAUAGCUGAAAUACAACAAAUUAUACAUCCUCUGUUGAAAAAUCAUGCCGGCGAUAUACCGGUAGCUUCCCUAGUACAUUGCAUCGAGGGGCAAUUGAAAGCUCAAAUCACACCUAAUGAUAAUGGUGUUAAUUUGGAACACUUGGUAUGUUGUGUCCAGGGCAUACAAAUAACCGUUAAUAAUUUCGGUAUUAAAAUAUUGGGUUGGUUGGAAUUAAACAAGGAAAACGGUGGCUCUUCCAAUCAAAUAUAUUCGAAAAACUCUAUAUCCGAUCCAUUAUAUCAAAUUUCCCGUGAAGUUAUAGAACUGGUGAAAAUGUCUCCGAAAGCUACUAUGAAAUUUAAUCGUUUCAUACCAGCUUAUCAUAACCACUUUGGUAAACAGUGUCGCGUAGCGGAUUAUGGUUAUACCAAACUCAUAGAGCUGUUCGAAGCUCUGUCGGCCGUGGUUCAAAUUAUGGGUGAUGGAGAAAAUCGUCAAAUUACUUUAACACAUCGCACGCAAAUUCGGCGUUUUACUUCAGAUUUGUUAAGAGUUCUUCGUGCACAUGGCAAUAAAUCGGUUCUGCUCUCGCAAUUGCCCACCAUAUUUGCCCAAACACAGAAUAGAACCUUUGAUGUUACCGAUUAUGGAGUGUGCGAUAUUGAUGAUAUAUUAGAUGGCCUUGUUAAUUCAAACAUUGUCGUAAUUUCCAGAGUUCAAAAUGGCAAAGACAUAUUAAUCUCGAUUCCCAAGCGUAAACAAACGUCUAGUGAGCUGGAAAAAACGUGCAUUUUUGCGGGAGAAAUUGUAGAGUUGUUUCGUAAUGCUCCACAAUAUACAAUACUCUUUCAGAAGUUUGUUCGCUCUUAUCACUAUCACUUUGGUUAUCAGUGUCGUUUAAGUGAUUAUGGCUUUCAAAAGUUAGCUGAUCUUAUGGAAGCGGUACAUGGUGUAGUCGAAAUGGAGCUUACUAAUGAUGAGGACAAAAAAAUACUAACUGCCAAGGUAGCAAGAAGAGUUUUUUCGGAACAAGUAGAGGAACUUAUAGCUAAAACAACAGGUUCUUCAAAAACAUCUGUAAAGUUAGAGGACGUUAUGAAGUUGCACAAGAAGAAAUACGGUUAUCAAAUAACACCUCAGUCAUUAGGAGUUAAAGAUAUUUCAAAAGCAAUCGAAUUAUUACCAUAUGUAGAGGUCUUUCAAAAAGAUGACUCCAAAUGGAUUAUUUGCCACAAUAAUGAUACCGCUUUUCGUAAUCUUUCUUAUAAAGCAAGCAAAUAUCUUUUAGCCCACGAAGUGGAAAAAUUUGAUAAAAAUAAUCAAAACAAUGAACAAGUCCAGGCAUCCCCCGAGGAAUUGAAUAAAUCUUUAACACUUAGCGAAUUCAUAAAAGGGUUCAAUGAAAAAUUUAAGGAAAACACAACAGAGUCAACUAUACGAGCCAUGAAGCACGCUCUUGAGAUAACUACUGAAAACAAUAUUUCCCAUGUGAGCAUGUCCGGAUUCAUGAAAUUUUUGAUCAAUGUUAUACGUUUGUUGGAGCAGCGCUCAACCAUGAUAGUGCAUGAUAUUAAAACGACAUUGGAUUGUACAAUAAGUACAACCUUUGAAUUUGGUUAUCCAAAUUUGUUUUCAAUUUUAACAGCACAUGAAGAUAUUUUCAAUAUAAAUCUGGGUGUAACACAAGAACGAUCGGAAAUUACCCUGGUACCGAAUUCUGAGAUGCGUCUAUCUUUCUACGCUAAUCACAAGCAUAUGUUUGGAUCUUUAAAAUUACCCUACAACAAACAAAAAACUUUACGUCCUUCUCGCCCCCCAUUAAGCGAGCAUAAUAAUCGUAAUUCCAAUAACCAGGGGCCUCCAGCUAAAACUCGUGCUAUGUCCUCGGAUUCAUCCUCAUCUUCAUCCUAUAACAACUCUUACUCAUCAUCUAACAAUUAUCGAUCACACAACUCUUCAAACUAUUAUCAACAGACAUCGAGAUCAUCAUCUUCUUCGAAAAAUUAUACCAGUGGCAAUUCAUUUAAUAACCUAAGUAAUUCGUCGAUUUAUUCUACAGCAUCGCAUCAUUCCAACAUGUUUAAUACAUCCAUGUCCAACAUGUCAAAUAACAAGGAGAACUCCUUUAAUUCCUCGAUGAUGUUUAAUCAAUCAUUUAAUACCUCCUCAAAUACUUCAGGAUCUUCAUAUUGCGAUUUAAAUGGUAGUGUAAAUAAUUUGGUCAAUCCAAUGGGCGGUUUACAGCCGCCACCAACGCAAUCGCAACCACAACAAGAAAUGAAUGCAACAAACUCUGUUCAGCUGCAACAAGUGCCACCUGUAUAUCCCACCUCCAAAUUAUGGGACCGUCGUCAUGGUUGUAACAUUUAUCAACAGCAACCUUUCAUGGAUGUCACAACUGCAAAUUUACCGACACUGAUGAUGCCGCCACCACAAGUACCAGUACCGGCACAAGCUGUUACGAUACCAAACCAACCUACUUAUAUACCAAUUACCACUGAAGCCUCAACUGGUCUAUAUGAGUUAGUAAACAAUAUACAAAUGUGUCCUAUAUAUGAGCCUCCUAAGCCUGAUACACCACCUUCAGAGAACAUGCCAUUUUGGAUCGAUCCAAUUUGGACAAAUAAUAAUAAUAGUGAAAAACCAAAAGAUGAUCUGUUAAACAUUCGAUUGCCGGAACUAAAAGCUCUAAACGUUUUGCCCAUGUUAUUAUCGCCUUAUAGUUUAUCGAAAACUGAAAAUAUGAAACAAGUUUUCAAUUUCGAUUCACAUGAUAGAAAAAUUGCUUAAGUUAUUUAUUAUUUACUCAA